AUGGACGCCAGCAUCGGCUCCGUGGACGGCCACAGGCCCGCAGGCAAUGGCGCGGUGGCGUCCGCGCCCGGCUGCUCCUACAUGACGUCCGCGCCGGUCUCCACCCCGGGGCCGGGGGACGCCACGCUCGGCAGGCACCUGGCGCGCCGCCUCGUGCAGGUCGGCGUCAGCGAUGUCUUCGCCGUGCCCGGGGACUUCAACCUCACGCUGCUCGACCACCUCAUCGCCGAGCCCGGCCUGCGCCUCGUGGGGUGCUGCAACGAGCUCAACGCCGGAUACGCCGCCGACGGCUACGCGCGCGCAAGAGGCGUCGGCGCCUGCGCCGUCACCUUCACCGUGGGCGGCCUCAGCGUGCUCAACGCCAUCGCCGGAGCCUACAGUGAGAACCUCCCCUUGAUCUGCAUCGUCGGUGGACCCAACUCCAACGACUACGGCACCAACCGCAUCCUCCACCACACCAUCGGCCUCCCGGACUUCUCCCAGGAGCUCCGCUGCUUCCAGCCGGUCACCUGCCACCAGACUGUGGUCAACAACCUCGACGACGCCCACGAGCAGAUCGACAGCGCCAUCUCCACAGCGCUCAAGGAGAGCAAGCCCGUCUACAUCAGCGUCAGCUGCAACCUCCCCGGCUUGCCGCACCCGACAUUCAGCCGCGACCCCGUCCCAUACUUGCUCUCCCCAAGGCUGAGCAACCAGAUGGGCCUUGAGGCAGCGGUGGAGGCGACCGUCGCGUUCCUAGACAAGGCCGUGAAGCCGGUGAUGGUGGCCGGCCCCAAGAUACGCGUGGCCAAGGCCGGGGAAGCCUUCGUGGAGCUGGCGGAGGCUAGCGGCUACGCGGUCGCGACCAUGCCGUCGGGCAAGGGGCUCGUGCCGGAGACGCUGCCACGCUUCAUCGGCACGUACUGGGGCGCGGUGAGCACGGCCUUCUGCGCGGAGAUCGUCGAGUCCGCCGACGCUUACCUCUUCGCGGGCCCCAUCUUCAACGACUACAGCUCCGUUGGCUACUCCUUCCUGCUCAAGAAGGACAAGGCCGUCGUCGUGCAGCCCGACCGCGUCACUGUCGGCAAUGGCCCGACGUUCGGCUGCAUCAUGAUGAAGGACUUCCUGUCGGAGCUGGCCAGGCGCGUGCGGAAGAACACCACCGCCUACGAGAACUACCGGAGGAUCUUCGUGCCGGAGGGGCAGCCGCCCGAGUGCGAGCUCAGGGAGCCCCUGCGCGUCAACGUCCUCUUCAAGCACAUCCAGAAGAUGCUCACCGGCGAUACCGCAGUCAUCGCCGAGACCGGCGACUCGUGGUUCAACUGCCAGAAGCUCAAGCUGCCCGACGGCUGCGGGUACGAGUUCCAGAUGCAGUACGGGUCCAUCGGCUGGUCGGUCGGGGCGCUGCUCGGGUACGCUCAGGGCGCCAGGAGCAAGCGUGUCAUCGCCUGCAUUGGAGACGGCAGCUUCCAGGUGACGGCACAGGACGUGUCCACGAUGCUGCGGUGCGAGCAGACGAGCAUCAUCUUCCUGAUCAACAAUGGCGGGUACACCAUCGAGGUGGAGAUCCACGACGGCCCGUACAACGUCAUCAAGAACUGGAACUACACCGGCCUUGUAGACUCCAUCCACAACGGAGAGGGCAACUGCUGGACCGCCAAGGUGACGUGCGAGGAGGAGCUCACGGCGGCGAUCCAGACGGCGAUGAGGGAGAGGAAGGACUGCCUGUGCUUCAUAGAGGUGAUCGCGCACAAGGACGACACCAGCAAGGAGCUGCUCGAGUGGGGAUCCAGGGUCUCCGCCGCCAACUCCAGGCCGCCCAACCCACAGUAG